AUUGGUCCAAACAAACUACGCAACCAGCACCCAAAACACUAAACCAUGAAAACUAUAUCAGCUGCAGCUUUGUUCAUCUUCUUUCUCUUCUCCGUAGCCAACGCUGCAAAGGAGCCGGUGCUCGAUACUGAUGGCGAACCGCUCCGCUCCGGCCUUGAAUACUACAUCGUGUCAGCGAUACGAGGUGCUGGUGGUGGUGGGCUCGACUUAGCCUCAUCUGAACUGUCUUGUCCGAAAUUCGUAGUCCAAGAAAUGUUUUCAAACGGUAGGCCGGUGUUCUUUCAUCCCGUCGACACUAAUGAUCCCGUCGUCUAUGUUUCCACCGAUGUAAACAUACAGUUCAUCGGCAUAGACGCGUACUGCCGAGAUGUGCCUACAUGGAGCGUCGGCAAUUAUGAUCCUUCCGCAGGACAAUGGUGGCUCACAACCGGUGGGGAUGUAGGUAACCCUGGUCCUCAAACUUUGUCCAACUGGUUCAAGAUCGAGAAAGAUGGAUAUGAUUACAGACUGAGAUUCUGCCCUUCGGUGUGCGAUUCGUGCGUAAGAUUAUGCAACGAAAUUGACAGAUUUUCUUAUGAUGAGAUGCUUCGUUUAGGUCUCACUAAUGGAAAUGGGUGGCCAUUCGUCUUUGUCAAAGCAUCUAAAGCUAUAAAACAAGUUGUUGACAAUCAGUGAUGAUCUUAUGUAAGAACCGAACGUGUAGUCUGUUUUAGUUUCUCAGUAAUGAAUAAAGUGCAUGGUUCACAAAAAAAAAGCAUCAAUGUAGUGAACCAUGUCGUGUAAGUUUGGGAAAUGUGAUGUUCGAUUGUGGUUUGUUUUCUA